AUGAGGCUGUGGGGCAGAGCUACAGCUGUCCGGAGGAGGAUGCUCUGCCUCUGGCUACUGCUCCUCGGGUUCGCCCUGGUUACUCUGGUGCUCUCGGACCUCUUUAAUCGGGACCGGGACCACAGUCAUCAGAAACCUAGCCCUCCCCGCCGCCCACUCCAGCGCAUCCCUAGUGCACCGGACCUGGAGGUCAUCGUGGACUCCCGGGAUCCUGCAUUAGAGCUCGGUGUUGAUAUCGCACCGCUAAAAUCUCUGCAAGAAGACCAGCUGUUGUUCGUGCCAUCGACGCAGGGCACCAAGAAUCCUCCCCAGAAGAAGGGGAGUUACAAGGUGCUUCUGCCUGGAGCAAACAAAGAUACCCGCGCCACCAUGCCUCCGACGCACGGUGAAAUGGGGAAAGCAGUGCGGCUACACCUGGAGGGUAUUGAGAGGGAUAGGGAGCUUUCUGCGGUGCAGAAAUACGGUUUCAACGAGCUGGUCAGCGAGAGGAUUUCACUGCAUCGCAGGCUGCCUGAGGCGCGCCACCCUGAGUGUUUGAGGGAGCAGUACAGCGAGUCGCUACCGUCAGCCAGCGUUGUUAUCUGUUUCCACGAUGAGGCUUGGUCCACGCUCCUGCGCACCGUGCACAGCGUGCUGGAUACUGCACCCAAACACUAUCUGCAGGAGGUUCUGCUGGUGGACGACCUGAGCCAGCACGGUCACUUGAAGAGUGUGUUAAGUGAGUAUGUGUCUCAUCUGGAAGGGGUGCGUUUGAUUCGCAGUACCAGGCGCUUGGGCGUUGGAGGGUGCCGUACUCUGGGUGCUGCCAGAGCUGAAGGGGAGGUGCUGGUGUUCAUUGACUCCCACUGUGAAUGUCAAAAGGUCUGGCUGGAACCACUGCUGGAGAGAGUAGCACAGGACAGGACUAGAGUGGUGUCCCCCAUCAUGGAUGUGAUAGACUGGCAGACCUUUCAGUACAAUGCCACCCAGUGGCCAGUUAGGGGAGUGUUCGACUGGAGACUUGACUUUUAUUGGGAAUCUAACCCUCAGCUGCAAGAUAAGAACCCAGACUCAGCUGUUCAGCCUGUAAGGAGCCCAGCUUUAGGAGGCGGAGUUGUGGCCAUCGACAGACACUUUUUCCAGAGCGUGGGAGCCUACGACCCGGGGAUGCUGCUGUGGGGGGAGGAACAAAUUGAGCUGUCAAUCAGGGUGUGGUCAUGCGGGGGCUCCAUGGAGGUGGUUCCCUGCUCCCGUGUGGCCCACCUUGACCACCACCACCCGCCUUACCGCUUCCCAGACCAGGAGCUGCUUCAGAGGAAUAAGAUCCGGAUCGCAGACACGUGGAUGGAUGCAUACAAGAAGAUCUUCUAUCGGAGAGACACUCUUGCUCAUUUCAUCAGGCAGUCUGAGAGCCCUAACAUCACAGAGCGUCUGCGGCUUAAGAGGAGUCUGGGCUGCAGGAACUUCCACUGGUACCUGACUACAGUUUAUCCACAACUUUACAUCCCCCAGGACAGACCUGCACUGUCAGGCGAGCUGUACAAUGUCGGCACUGGCAGCUGUGCAGACUACCCCCGAGGGCAUGGACUGCAGGGUGGGGCCAUGAACGUAGCACCAUGCAGUGGGACGGGCAGCCAGCACUGCGAUCUAAACUCUGAGUUGGAAGUGCGAUGGGGUCCCAUGGGGGCUUUGUGUUUGGACGCCAUGGGAGAGAGGGUGGUUUUAUCUCCGUGUCCCCCACACCGACCAACGACCAGCAGACUCCAGUGGAAGUUCAUAAAGCUGAGCGGUCAACUUGUUCACCAACAGUCCCAGUUAUGUCUGGAGGCUGUAAAAGAAGGAGGGCUUCCACAAAGCAGCCCAAGAGAAGUCAGCACCAACACAGGAGGUCUCUUCCUGCGCCCCUGCACCCAUCAUCCCAAACAACAGUGGCACUUUGAGCAGUUAGUAGCUCCUAAAGGUGCCUGAUACAGAAAGCACAAAGAGAUGGAUGGAUUUGCAAGGUGUCAA